AGAUGGCCGUGCCACUGCCAACCAGCUCGGCCCUUGCUUCAGAGCCCACCCCUACCGUUCGACCACGACCCACGGGCCCCGAGCUGUCCGCUGCACAACCACUACAAUUCCAUAACCCGCCUGACCUAUCUGGUCAGGCGACGCAGCGACGUCGGGGCCCCGUGGAUGUGGCACCAGCCAUCAUUGGGCACCCCCCCGAGCCACAUGAAGCACCCGUCACCCAGCCACUCUCCCCGCCGGCUGACACUGCCACUGCUCCGCUUCCACCGCCGCCGGCAGGACCCUCAGUACCCCGCACCACUGCCUGGCGGCGAAAGAAAAAGGAGGAGGCGGACGAGCUGGCACGACAGCAAGGAAACCCCCCCAAGCAACGGAAAAAGAUCGAAAAUUACAUUUGUAACCAAUUUGGGGGGGGAAUUCUUUUGCUCCACCUCAGCCGGCAAAACUAUACAGGAGUGGCUGGAGGAAAAGAGGAGGGAGAAGAAAAAUCGUGCUGGGGGGGAUAGCCAUUAA